AUGGAAAAAACAUUUGCAAAAAAGGGUGUGAAGGCCAUUGUAAUCACCACACUCCUCAAUGAACAUUUCAUCUCCAAAGUCAUUGGAAAAUCCAAAACUAAUGACAACAAGAUCCAUGUCCAAACCAUCGAGUUCCCUUCUACCGAGGCUAGUUUGUCGGGUGGCUGUGAAAAUACUGACUCAGUACCUUCUCUAGAUUUGGUUCAUGCAUUUUGUAUGGCUACCGGUUUGCUACAAGAUCCGCUUGAACAACUAUUACUCAAGGAACGUCCAAAUUGCAUUGUUGCUAAUAUAUUCUUCCCAUGGGCAAUUGAUGCUACUGCCAAAUUUGGAAUUCCUAGGCUAGUCUUCCACGGGAAUGGUUUCUUCUCCUUGUGUGCUGACACAUGUACGAUGCUCUACGUGCCUUUCAAAGAUGUUUCUUUUGAUUUUGAGUCGUUCCUAAUUCCUAAUCUUCCUGAUCAUUUGAGGAAUGUGCUUGGAAGAAAAGCAUGGCAUAUUGGUCCCUUGUCUCUUUGCUACAAAGACUCGGAAGAGAAAGCACAUCGAGGAAAGGAGGCAUCUAUUGACAGACAUGAGUGCCUGAACUGGCUUGAGACAAAGAAACCCAAUUCAGUUAUUUACAUAUGCUUUGGAAGUUUGACAAACUUACCUGAUUCUCAACUUAGAGAGAUUGCUAUGGGUCUUGAGGCUUCAGGGCAACAAUUCAUGUGGGUAGUGAGGAAAAACAAAGAAGAUGGAGUCGAAUGGCUACCCGAUGGACUUGAGAAAAGGAUGGAAGGUAAGGGAUUAAUCAUAAGAGGGUGGGCACCUCCAGUGUUAAUUCUUGAAGACAAGGCAAUUGGAGCAUUUGUGACUCAGUGUGGAUGGAAUUCGACCUUGGAAGCAGUGUCUGUUGGUGUUCCCAUGAUAACUUGGCCAUUUAUUGCGGACCAAUUUUUCAAUGAGAAGUUGGUGACAGAAGUCCUUAAAUUUGGGGUACCUGUUGGUGCCAAAGCAUGGGCUGGAGUGGGAGGAGAUAUUGUUAGAUGGGAUGCAAUGGAGAAGGCAGUGAAGAGGAUAAUGACAGGGGAAGAGGCCAUUGAAAUGAAGAACAGAACAAAAGUGCUUUCAGAGCUAGCGAAGGGGCAGUGGAAGAAGGAGGAUCCUCAUAUUCGGAUUUGA